AGUCAAACUACACGCUCCUCCCCUUUGACUGUAGCAUUCAUGGGUCUCAUCUCGUUCCUCCUCAACCCUUUCAUCUCCAUGAGCCCUGCGUGGUCGGACGACGAUGACGUUGGGGGUGGGUUCGAUAUCGUGUACCCGUUGACCGCCUGCAUCGCUCUGGGAAUCUGGUUGGUCGUCGAACGGUAUCGCAAGGCUCAAUCUGCACCUGUAGUAUUUGAAUGGGCGCCGCCACCCGCGGCUGAACCGACUUUCACGUCGUAUAACAUCCCUAACGCACACAUCGAGUCGCACCGAGAAGACGAAAACGUGCGACCUGGGAUCUCUGUCUCCGGUGCUAAAUACAUCACUUGCUUCGACCCGUCCACGGGCAUGCAUUUGGACACCAUAAAAGCCGACAGUGAAGACGAAAUCCGGCACAAGAUCGAGCUGGCACAAAAGGCGCAAAAGUCGUGGCGCGAAACCACCUAUGGACGGAGGCGGCGCGUGUUGCGAAGCUUGAACAAGUGGCUGGUGGAAAAUCAGGAGAUCUGCGCGCGUGUCGCCUGCCGUGACACUGGCAAAACAUUGGUGGAUGCUGCCCUCGGGGAGAUAAUCACAACAUGCUCCAAAAUCAGCUGGCUCAUUGAGCAUGGUGAAGACGCUCUCCGACCCGAAUCGCGUGCCGCAAAUUUUCUGCUCUUCUAUAAGCGAUCUGAGGUUCACUAUGAUCCCCUGGGUGUCGUUGCUGGCAUCGUUUCAUGGAACUACCCUUUGCACAACGCCUGGUCCCCAAUCAUCGCCUCCAUCUUUGCAGGCAACGCAGUCGUCUUGAAAUGUUCCGAGAACGUUCUAUGGUCUUCUCAAUGGUUUGUUGGUGCCAUUCGCAAGUGCCUAUCGGUCUGUGGAUACGAACAAGAUCUGGUUCAACUCGUCUGCUGUCUUCCCGAGCAGGCAGAUGCACUCACGCGUUCUCCCAUCAUUCGGCACAUCACAUUCAUCGGCUCGGAGACAGUGGGACGCAAGAUCGCGAUGGCGGCCACGGAGCAUCUGACUCCUGUCACACUCGAACUCGGUGGAAAGGAUCCAGCGGUCAUUCUCGAGGGAACAGAUCUGAACAAGUGGGCUAGCCUGUGGAUGCGGGGGAUUUUCCAAAAUUCGGGUCAAAACUGCAUCGGUAUCGAACGUCUGAUAGUGCAUUCCUCCCAGUACGACGAUCUGCAUAAUCUGUUGGAAGCACGUGCAGGAAAGCUGCGUCCAGGAUCUGUGCUUUCACCGUCGGACGCAGGAUUCAUUCCCACCGUGGACAGCGGCGCCAUGAUCUCACGGGAGCGGUUCAGGAGCUUGGAGAUGGUGAUUGAGGAAGCUCGGGAAGGUGGCGCUCAUGUACUGGGCGGUGGCGAGUAUCACCACCCGGUGAAUGUGCACGGGUUCUAUUUCCAGGCUACGGUGGUGGGCCCUGUGACACCCGACAUGCGAAUCGCCAACGAAGAGUUGUUUGCUCCUGUUGCGACGUUGAUUCCGUACGACACCCUCGAUGAAGCGGUCGACAUUGCCAAUGGGACACGAUAUGCACUGGGCGCCAGUGUCUUCGGGCCCAGCCAGGAUGUUUGUAUGGAGGUCGCCAAGAGACUUGAAUGUGGCAUGGUCUCUGUGAACGACUUCGGAGUGUUCUAUCUCAACCAAGACCUUCCUUUCGGUGGAGUCAAGUCCAGCGGUUAUGGGCGAUUUGGCGGCAAAGAGGGACUGAGGGCACUGACCAACCCGAAAGCGAUUAUGAUCGACUACAUGCCAUCUGUGGUCCAGACACAGAUCCCUCGCGUUCUAGACUAUCCCCUCCGCUCUCUGGUGACUAGCUGGGAGUUUGUCAGUGGAUUGAUUACAUUCGUGUACGGGGAUGGAUGGCGCCGUCGUCUCGCUGGUCUCGGACGACUCGUCAGGGCAUCGAGGGCGUAGAAGAGGUUUCUUACCGCACUCGACUGUACCACUGACUCGAUUCUUGAAUACCACGUCUUCGGCGGGAGAACGGCCGGACACUUGCCUUGUCUGCGGAUUGCCACAUUGUCUCGUCCCUGGACUUGUCAGAGCAGCGCAGUUGGACUGAUGAAUGGUGCAAACGCGCGAGAAAGUGGCCCAGCUGACUUCGAAGGCCGCUGUACCGACUCGUCGAAGAGAAUGGAAUUUGCCGAGGCUCAGGAGUGACGAUGCUCUGCUGCGCCCCUCCAGCUCAAGUAAAAUUAUCUCUCGGCACCAGAGAUUUCUGAGCCCGCGAUCGGCUCUGUUAUCGACUGAACAACAAUAGGAACGUCCUUUCACAAGGGAUACAGAACCUCUUGGACGCUCCAUGUUUCUCGAGCGGCGGGCUACGACAGAAAUGGACUGGUGCUUCCUGACCUGCGAGGUGAGAAACGUGCAUGAGGUCCAUGCAUGUUUUCCCCGACAGACGUCUAUUUGAGACCGUAACGAGAGAGUCUCAGCGAUAUAAAAGCGCGCUGGUCUCAUUUCAAAACCCCAGUCCACCACAAACUCAUAAACUCAAAACAACAACCAUGUCCGGAAACGCCAACUUGACCGGCAACGUCGCCAUCGUCGGCGCCGACGGAAAAUUCAUGAAGGUCACUUCCAGCAACGGGCUUGAGUUCGGCAACCAACAGAUGGACGACAAUGCGCGAUUCCAGGUGAAGCCGAGCAGCAACGGGAAGAUCCAACUUGUCGGCCACAAUGGAAAAUACGUCAACAUGUACUACAUCAACGACGUCAAAUGCGAGGGCCCUAGUGGCGGCUUGGAGCUCGGAAUCCUCUACCUGAAAGAUGGCAAGGUCAAUCUGACCGUCAGCGGCUACCAGGGACAAGACGGGCGCACGGCGUUCCUCUCCAGCCAUGCCGGAAACGCCAGCUACAACGGAUCUCUUGCGGUGCAGGACUUUGAGGAUAUCACUUGCCGCUUCACCGUCCAGAAUCUGUGACCGGUUGCACGGAAUGGGGCAAUCAAUCCGCGGGUCUAAUAGUUUUGUAACAUGUGUCAUAUAAGAAAAAGCUGCCGGAGCGCUCGCCCGA